GGCGCGGGGGGCGGGAUGCGGCGCCCGGGGCAGCGAUGACCGCGGCGCGCUGCUCCCGGGCCCGGCUCUGACUCCGUCGCCUGCCGCUCAGCCCCGCGCCGACCCCCGUCGAGGUCCGACUGGCGAGAUGACGCGGAGCCCCGCGCUGCUGCUGCUGCUGCCGCCGUUGCUCCUGGGGGCCCUCCCGUCGGCCGAGGCGGCGCGAGGACCCCCAAGAAUGGCAGACAAGGUGGUCCCACGGCAGGUGGCCCGCCUGGGUCGCACUGUGAGGCUGCAGUGCCCGGUGGAGGGGGACCCACCACCAUUGACCAUGUGGACCAAAGAUGGCCGCACAAUCCACAGUGGCUGGAGCCGCUUCCGUGUGCUGCCCCAGGGGCUGAAGGUGAAGGAGGUGGAGGCCGAGGAUGCGGGCGUCUACGUGUGCAAGGCCACCAACGGCUUUGGCAGUCUCAGCGUUAACUACACUCUCAUCAUUAUGGAUGAUGUCAGCCCGGGGAAGGAGAGCCCCGGGCCAGGUGGCUCUUCUGGGGGCCGGGAGGACGCAGCCAGCCAGCAGUGGGCACGGCCUCGCUUCACGCAGCCCUCCAAGAUGAGGCGCCGAGUGAUCGCUCGGCCCGUGGGCAGCUCUGUGCGGCUCAAAUGUGUGGCCAGUGGGCACCCACGGCCAGAUAUUAUGUGGAUGAAGGAUGACCAGACCCUGACACGUCCAGAGGCCAGCGAGCACAGGAAGAAGAAGUGGACGCUGAGCUUGAAAAACCUGAAGCCCGAAGACAGCGGCAAGUACACGUGCCGUGUGUCCAACCGGGCAGGCGCCAUCAACGCCACUUACAAAGUGGAUGUAAUCCAGCGCACUCGCUCCAAGCCCGUGCUCACGGGGACACACCCUGUGAACACAACAGUGGACUUCGGGGGGACCACAUCGUUCCAGUGCAGGGUGCGCAGCGACGUGAAGCCUGUGAUCCAGUGGCUCAAGCGGGUGGAGUACGGCUCUGAAGGCCGCCACAACUCCACCAUUGACGUGGGUGGCCAAAAGUUUGUGGUGUUGCCCACCGGUGACGUGUGGUCACGGCCUGACGGCUCCUACCUCAACAAGCUGCUCAUCUCCCGGGCCCGCCAGGACGAUGCUGGCAUGUACAUCUGCCUGGGUGCCAACACCAUGGGCUACAGUUUCCGUAGUGCCUUCCUCACUGUAUUGCCAGACCCCAAACCUCCAGGGCCUCCUGUGGCUCCUUCAUCCUCAACCACAAGCCUGCCGUGGCCUGUGGUGAUCGGCAUCCCAGCUGGCGCUGUCUUCAUCCUGGGCACCGUGCUGCUCUGGCUUUGUCAGGCCAAGAAGAAGCCGUGCGCCCCUGUAUCUACACUGCCUGUGCCUGGACAGCGUCCCCCAGGGACGUCCCGAGACCGCGGUGGCGACAAGGACCUGCCCUCGCUGGCUGUGGGCCUGUGUGAGGAGCAUGGGUCCACCAUGGCCCCCCAGCACAUCCUGGCUUCUGGCUCAACCGCUGGCCCCAAGCUGUACCCCAAGCUGUACACAGAUGUGCAUACACACACGCAUCUCACACAUGCACACACACACUCUCAUGUGGAGGGCAAGGGUCAUCCGCGCCAGCAUGCCCACUCUCAGUGCUAAAUGCAGCCAAUCUCCAAGCGCUGUGCCCUGAGGUAGGCAUAUGGGGCCCAAGGCAGCAGGUUGGGAGGAUUGAGAAUAAUGGAGGA